UCUUCAUGUUCGAAAGAUUAAAACGACUAAAAGCAACAAACAACUAAAAACAUUAUAAAAGAACAAGCAAAAAAAUCAAAGACGAAGAAGGCAUUGUUGAUGUUUAAUCAAAAGCUUCGGCCUUUUCACCACGCACAAGAACCAAAUUGCCACAAUAAACAACAAAACCAUCUUGUCGCCUUCUCUUCUCAGUUUUCAGUGUUCACGGGUGCCUUCUCUUCUCCUCGCCUCUUCCUUUCUUUUUAGUAAUCGACUAUCCCACGCUGCAGCGCUAGCUGCGUUGCAAUUUUUGUUUCUUCCGCCGGCCGUUGCUUGGGCUGUGCCAUGGAAGGAAGCCGAGGGAGAUUGGGUAGAGACGGAAGAAGAAGCCAUUUUUACUCGUUUUUAGUCCUUUCGUGCCUCGUCGCUUGCAGUACUUGUGGAUUCGCCGAAGGGAGUGAGGCAGGGAGUAACGUCACCGGUGGCGUUCGUAAUGCUGCGAAGGGGAAGGGCAAGAGGAGGGCGGCGCCGAUCCGCCACCAGCUCUCGCUCGACUUCUACACCCAUAACUGCCCGCAGCUCGAUCGGAUCGUCGCCUCCGUCACCGCCCAGCGCUUCCGCGAACGCCCAGCCACCGGCGCCGCCGUCAUCCGCCUCUUCUUCCACGACUGCUUCGUCGAAGGGUGCGACGCGUCGGUGCUGAUCGCGCCGAGCGCCGGCGGCGGGAGAGCGAUGGCGGGCCCGGCGGUGGAGAGGGACGUGGAGGAGAACAGGAGCCUGCCGGAGGAGGCGUUCGAGACGAUCGAGAUGGCGAAGGCGGCGGUGGAGAGGCAGUGCCCCGGCGUGGUCACCUGCGCUGACAUCCUCGCCGUCGCCGCCAGGGACUUCGUUCACUUGGCGGGAGGGCCAAAUUACGCGGUGAAAAAGGGGCGCAAGGACAGCCGCGUGUCCUUGGCAGCGAAGGUGAGCCCGAACCUGUCGCGGGCCAACUCCACCGUCGACGACCUCCUCCGCCUCUUCGCCGGCAAGGGCCUGAGCGCCGUCGACCUGGUGGCCUUGUCGGGCGCCCACACCAUCGGUUUCUCCCACUGCGACCAGUUCGUGGGUCGCCUCUACGACUUCCGCGGCAGCGCCACCGGCGGCGACCCUUCGCUCGACCCGCGGCUCCUCAAGGCGCUGCGCAUGUCGUGCCCGCGCGCCGGCGGCAACGGCGACGUCGUGGCGCCCUUCGACGUGCGCACGCCCUUCGACUUCGACCACAUGUACUACGGCAACCUGGAGGCCGGGAUGGGCCUGCUCGCCACGGACCAGGCGCUGUACUCGGACAGCCGAACCCGGCCAGUGGUCCAGGAGUUGGGCCGGGACAAGGCGCGUUUCUUCGAGGCCUUCGCCGGCGGCAUGGACAAGAUGGGCUCCAUCAGGGUGAAGAAGGGGAAGACGGGGGAGAUCAGGAAGGUCUGCAGCAAACAUUUGUCAUCCCAUUGAAUUCAUUGAUUUCCAUGUUUUUGGGAAGCUAGUAAUAGCUACUUUAUUGGUUGUUUCGAUCAACAAAAAUAUUUUUAGUAUUUUUUUUUUA